CGGUAACGCUGUUAUGGAAUAGCAUGUAAAUGAUCACGAUUUCCCGACUGAUUUGACGUUUGUGUAUGAGCUGUAGCGACAGGAUAAGACUCCCACGAUCUUAUACCAGAAUGUCUCGGAGGAAACACAGGAAGGAAACGGACAGCAACAUGAAACAAAGGAAUCAAGCAAAUAGUGUGCCAACUCAAAGUAUGGGGAGUGCAUCAUCAAAGAAAAAAUAUGAAAGGAACUUGGACGAAGAAGAAAUUCCAGAAACCAAGCGUGCCAAGACAAUACUGAAAAACGAGGAGGAACUGCACACAGAUGUUGAGUAUGAUGUUAAAUUCUGGGGGCCAUACUUGUCUGACAGACAGUGGGGAACUGUCAGGGAGGAUACAGAAGUGAAGGAUGAUAGUUGCUGGAAUGCGGUUGGCCAUGAUGCAGCUCGUGAAACAGUUUAUAUGUGGGGAGAGGAUGGUCUGAUGGGUGUGUCUGACUUGGAAGGGCGUUUGUGUGCCAGUCUGGCACUCUGGAAUGGCAAAGAUGCAUUCCUGAAAGAGAGGCUCUUUGGUCUUGCAGGCCCUGAGGGUAACCACGGCGAGGAUGUGAAGGAGCUUUACUAUUACCUAGACAACACUCCCGACCACUCCUACAUGAGGUCUCUGUACCGGUAUCCUAUGGAGGAGUUUCCUUAUGUCAGUCUCCGCAACCAGAAUGUCAAUAGGGAAAUCACUGACACUGAAUUUGAAAUCAUGGACACAGGUGUGUUUGAUAAGAAUCGUUACUGGGACAUCUACACAGAGUAUGGUAAAGAUACUAACGGAAGCCUCGUCUGUUGUUACACCCUCCACAACAGAUCUGACGAUUCCGCCUCUAUCUCUGUCAUCCCACAGUUCUGGUACAGAAAUACAUGGAAUGGUCAAUCACUGCGUGAUGCUCCUCGUCCUACACUGUCACAGACUUCACCUUUUGUACUGGAGGCCGAUUACACUCUAGGAUCAUUUGUAGUAAGGCUUGGUGUUGAUGAUGCAGAAGGUCCACCGGAAAUAGUGUUUACAGAAAACGAUGAUAAAUCUACUUCCUUACACUCCAAGUAUAGAGAACGUCAGUAUUACAAGGAUGCCUUUCAUCUGUAUGUUGUCAAUGGAGAAAAGGAUGCCAUACGCGGCGAGGGACCAACAACAAAAUGUGCAGCUGUCUAUCAAUUGACAGUGCCCCCUGGUGGCCACAAGAAGGUGUGCUGGGGGCUGUAUCCAAAGGAAAACUGUAAUACCAGCAAUCUGUGGGAUGUUUCAAAACAUGUCGAGGAUGUCAUUCUUCAGAGGUCCCAAGCAGCCAAUACCUUUUAUCAGUCGAUGUUUCCAGUGACCUGGGAUAAAGAAUGGACCGUCGUGGCGAGACAGGCCUGUGCUGGACUGCUCUGGCACAAACAGUACUACAGUUACAGUGUGGUUGAUUGGAUCAACACAGUUCACAGGAAAGAGAGACAAGAUGUGGGCUGCUGUGGAGCAUUGAGGAAAAAGAGGAACCUGUCUACCAUCAGGAAUAAUCAGUGGACACACUUCAAUGCCCAUGACAUCAUGUCUGUACCGGAUAAAUGGGAGUUUCCAUGGUUUGCCCCAUGGGAUACAGCCUUCCAGAUGAUCCCGUUGAUGAGACUUGACAUGGAAUUUGCCAAAGACCAGUUACUAUUACUACUCUCGGAUCGUUUUCUUCAUCCUUCAGGACAGAUGCCAGGAUGUGAAUAUGAGUUUGGAGACAUGAAUCCACCGAUCCAUGCUUGGUCAGUACUGAAGGCGUACAGAUAUAGUGGGUCAGAUGAUAAGGACUUCUUACAACAGGCUCUGGACAGGCUCAGACUAAACUACCACUGGAUGUGGACGGAGAAAUGUCUGUGGAACCAACACAUAUUUCAUGGUGGAUUCUUGGGCCUCGACAACAUCAGCGCUAUAAAUAGAUCAGCGCAGAGACCUGAGGACACAGAAAUGGAACAGGCAGAUGCUACUGGUUGGAUGGCUUUCUUUUCCCUCAACAUGAUUGAGAUAGCCCUGGAACUUGGACACACAGACUUGGCUAUUUCAUUUUUACUGGAUUUUGUUAAGGUGUUUCAGGCCUUAAACUUAGAUAUCGGAUGUGGAGGACUAUGGCACAACGAAGACCAUUUCUACUAUGAUGUGUUGUCAAAGAAGGGUCAAAGGUCUGCAAUACAGCUGCGUUCAUUAGUUGGCCUUGUGCCAGUGAUAGCCUGCACUGUGAUUGGUCAGUCAGCCACCUCGAGGGAUCAGCCUUUCUAUGAUAAUCUGGAGCAGUUGUGUCAGGAACACUCCAAUCAUAUAUGGAAGUUGAAGGAUGGACGAUUUGCGCUGUCUGUAGUCCCCAUCACAAGACUGGAACAUAUCUUAUAUUACCUCACUGAUGAGAAGGAGUUCCUGUCACCGUACGGAGUUCGUUCCCUUUCUAAGUAUUACUGUGACAGACCGUAUGAAUUCCAGUCUGGGGACAAUCCAGUGAAAUACACUCCAGGGGAAUCCAACUCAGAAAUUUUUGGAGGCAAUAGUAAUUGGAGAGGCCCUAUCUGGCUCUGUAUGAACUAUCUACUGGUGGAAGCUCUGGAGACACACCACACUUUGUGUGAUAAAGAUAUGACUAUCCGUGUAACAUCUGGACAGACUCUGGACUUACAUGCUAUUGCCAUGGAAAUUUGUAAUAGAAUUGUUGCUCUGUUUAUGCCAAAGGAUGGAAAAAGACCACUGCAUGGAGAAGAUCUGAAGUAUAGCACAGACCCUUUAUGGAAAGACCUUAUUCUCUUCUAUGAAUACUUCCAUGCUGAUACAGGCAGAGGAUGUGGGGCUAGUCAUCAGACUGGAUGGACAUCAUUGAUAGUGGAAUUCUUCUAUAAGAUCCUGAAUGAGUGAAGAAGUGAAGUGUGUUCCAACAGCUACACAAGCCGUUGAAAUCCUCAUAACCUGUAUGAAUGUGAUGAACAAAGAUGGUUGGGCUUCUCGAGUGGACUUCGAUAGUGUCAUCACGCUGAAAUGUCCUACCUUGAUACAGUAAAUCGUCCCAGUGGGCAGUGGACUGGGAAUUACGUAUUCGUGUCAAGUCCCUGUGUGUUGCGUGGUGGAAAUAACACUCCAUUUGAAUCGAUGUAUACAAGGAAGUUCAAUCGAUCAAAAAUUACUAUCUGUAAACAUUUGAGAAAUGAAUCUCCACCUUUUAAUUAGCUGUAGAGCUUGUAUCAAGGUCGCAAUCAACAAUAAAGAUGUCUGUUCAGUUCAACUUGAAGCGGGAGACAACUGGAAAACAGUCUAGUCAUUUUUCUUCUGUGCAGCUGGCAGAGCGUUUUUAUAAUAAUUUAAAUUCAAUGACAAGACAAGGAGCCGCAAAAUGUGGCAUUAUCCCCUGCGCCCAGCUGUUGGUAUAAAAACCCAAAUAUGAUACAUAUAUACCUUAUAGUAAGAGUUUAUAUGUUGAUACAGAUCUUAUGUGUGUUUCACCUACAACUAGGGUACUAACCUAAUAUGUACAGAAAGUUUUGUAGAGUUGAGUGGAGCGGUUUUGUUUUAGUGUUUUUGAUGACUUCCAUGGUAGCAGAAAAAAUAUAGAAAAUGUAAUGUCAAUUGGAAAAUGCACUACUACAGCACUAACCUAAUACAUACAGAAAGUUUUGUGGAUUUGAGUGGAAUGAUUUUGAAGUUACAGCCCGGAAAUGAAAGUAAACAGCAAUGUUGUGUUUUUGACUGUUUCCAUGGUAACAGAAAAACAUAUAAAAACUGAAAUGUCAUCAAUAGCAAAAGGCACAACUAAGGCACUAACCUAAUAUAUACACAAAGUUUUGUGAAGUUGAGUUGAACGGUUUUGAAGUUACAUCCCAGAAAAUAAGCCCUCUAAUGGACGGACGGAGCCCAAUUUAACAUUUCAAUUAAAUCAUUAUAUUUUCAAGUGUUUUAUGCAUAUGGUAAAGUGUUGCAUAACCAUAUUUUUGUCCUAGUAAUACUAUUUGGUCAUCAUCUAAAGACGGACUAUUUCUUUUAACACAAACCAUAAGUUCUGGCUCUUAACUACAGACUUGUACUUCAAUUUAUUAGGAAAAAUUUGUGUCAACUGAAAUAUGGCCACAUGAAAUCAACCAAGGCAGCAUUCAAUCCUUAGAUAAAUCAGAAUUGUUGGUUUUCAUUGUAAUUUGGCUAUUAUCUCAUCAGUCUUUAGGUCAAUUUUACUCAAACUUGGUAAAGUUGUGUAACUUACAUUGUAUUAAUAUGUCUUUAAUUUCAGGCAUUACCUGUUUCCACAUCCAUUACUACGGAAACACCAAAAUAUUGUAUAAAGCUGAAAAUUGGUAUAAAAGUGUUUUUAAGGGAUCACAAAUACAGUGGUGCUAUUUUCCAGAACAAUGUCAUUUGGUUGUUGUGAUUGCAAAUAAGGGGUAGCGGGGUUGUUAGCUAUUCGCUUACAUUUCUAGUUUUUAUCUACUUAAUUCUGCAGCACUAAGUACACUCUUUGGUUUCAAGGUUUUAUCUGUAUCAUUGACACACUAACGUGUAGUGACAAACAUUUUCUUCUGCGUCCCAUCUCUGUAGAAUUUACAGACAUUCAAAAACUAUCUGAACAUUCAGGCAUUUUGCUAGAAAAUAGAAACAUUGUAAAAUGCGUCCUUAUAAUGUGUUUGUGAAUAUCUAUAUUUAACUAGAAUAUUGACAGGUCACCAACAUCCCUGUCAUGUGGCUUUAUAUCUCCCAUAAUCAUAAAGAAGUAUACAUGUACUAUCAUGCAACUCUCGUUUCCUUCCACCUCCAAAUUUACUGGACUAAUGGGAAUGUAAAUACCAAUAUACAUGUUAAACAUAUUUGUUAGCUUUAAUUCGUUUCAUCAUUGUCCGAGAACCAAAUUUUCUUUGUAAUGUCAUAACAAAAAGUACAUCAGUAAAAAGAUAAAAAAUUUCACCUUGACAAUAAUGUUUACCUUGAUUUUUAACUUCUGUAUGUAAUUUGUGAACUGAACAUCUUUGCCAGAUUUCAUGUAAAUUGGUCAAUAAAUGAACAUCUUUGCCAGA